AUGAAUGAUGACGAACAGCCUUGUCAUGUUGGAUGGGCCACAAAAUGUGGCGGAUUCAUCAAAACGUGGCAUAGAAGGUGGUUUGUUUUAACACCAAAGUAUAUCAAUUAUUACAAAAAACCAGGUGGUCGACAAAAAGGUAAAAUCCCACUUUCAAAUGUAACAGAAGUUGCACCACAUCCAGAAUGUUCACGAAAAUACGCAUUCAGGGUUGUAGUUCCCAAUGUACGUACAUAUCAAGUUUCUUGUGACUCAGAUGAAGAAAUGAAAGAAUGGGUUCGCGAGAUAAAUAAAUUAAUCUCCGGUGCAAAUGAAGCCGUUAAGAUCGAAGACUUCGACAUUCUCAAAGUUCUCGGCAAAGGAACCUACGGCAAAGUUCAACUUGUCAAGAACAAGAAGACUAGUCAGAUCUAUGCUAUGAAAUCAAUUUCUAAACGUCUUCUCGCUGAAUAUGAUCUCGUUGAAAGGACCUUAACCGAACGUGAUGUUCUUUUAAAGGCUAAUCACCCAUUCAUUGUGUCAGCUAAGUAUUGCUUCCAAACAGAGACAAAGAUCUUCCUAGUUCUCGAUUAUGUCGCCGGCGGCGAAUUAUUCGCCAGACUGAGGGAAGAACACAAAUUCACUAUAGAUAGAGCCAGAUAUUAUAUUGCAGAGCUUGUGCUUGCGAUUGGUUAUCUUCAUUCAAUUGGUGUCGUUCAUCGUGAUCUUAAACCAGAAAACAUCCUUUUCGACAAGGAUGGCUACAUCAAGUUAACAGAUUUCGGCUUAGUCAAAGAAAAAAUGACCAAACAAUCAAAGACAUCCACGUUUUGCGGCACUCCUGAGUAUCUUGCUCCAGAAAUCAUUGAAGGUAACGAGUAUGGCAUGGCAGUUGACUGGUGGGCUCUUGGAACUCUCGCUUAUGAAAUGCUCUAUGGAUAUCCACCUUUCUACGAUACAAAUACCAAUCAAAUGUAUCGUUAUAUUCUCCGCGACGAUGUUACGUUCCCAGAUGACGCAACUCCUGAUGCUAUAGACCUCCUCUCCAAACUCCUCGAUAAGAAUCCUGAUACACGCCUCGGUUCGGGCCCAUCAGAUAUGGAGGAGAUCAAAGCUCAUCCAUUCUUCGGAAAUUUGAACUGGAAGAGCCUUUUCCAGAAGACUAUCCCUAUGGAAUGGAAGCCUCAGAUCAAGAGCGUAACCGACGUUUCUCAAUUCGACAGGCAGUUCACAUGCGAAGCACCUAAGCUCACAUACGAAGAUCCUUCACUCGUUGGAGCAGGAGUUCAGCAACAGUUGCAAGGAUUCACAUAUAUAAAUGAAGGUUAA